GUGUUGAUUUCAGUCCCACUGUGGAAACACGUGGCGCUGUUGAGACUGAGGCAGACCAGCACGUUCUCUUUCUCGUUCUGUGUGACUCAUUCACGGGUUAUUUAUAGCUAUCGUCGCCGUUUCAGUUCGAGCUUUGAGCAACAGUAGUGAGAAUGGAGAUGGUGGAGCGCUGGAAGAUGUGUUUGUGUCUUUUUGUUGCAGUACUCUUCACUUCUCUCGAAAAUUCUACUGAAGACCCAUCUGAUUUAAUGGAAACAACAUCCGGUAAUGCCACAGCUUUGUUUAAUCUGUCAUCAAAUACAAUGGGAUUAGUUAAAUCUACAGCAAGAACAACCAGUGGUAAUACAGACCAUGAUACUGACCUGGACGGUUUUGUAGGUCUUUCUUCUAUUCCAAAAAAUGGAACUGUUUUUAAUAAUUCAGUGGAAAAUUCAACUGUUAAUGUUUUAACUCACAAUGCAGAGAUAAGUGAACUAACCAAAAAAAACGAAAUGUCUACCAGUGUUACGGAUGGAGCCCCUCAGGCAGGAAAUGAAACACAACUUGGAGUUAGCAAACCGACUGUAAGAUCUACGAACACCAGUAGUCUCGAUACAAAAUCAGUGUACAGUGCUGUUGACCCUAAUGUGACUGAGAGAAAUGGCCAUCUCAUGAAAACUGAACCUACUGUUGAAAUGACAAGGAUCCCACAGCAAAUAGGGACAACUGGGAAAAUAUAUGCAACUGCUCAAGAAUCCGGGUCUGAAACCACAGUUGAGCCAAAGAACGUGUCUCUUGCAACAUUUGCAGGGCAUGAGGAAUCGAAAGAAUUGGCCAAUGACACACUGACAGCAGAACCUGUAACUCUGCCAGUGCUGUCAACUUUGCAGGAAUCCAAGACCACACCAAAUACCGUGACACCCAGUGUCCCUGUAGGGAUAUCCACCACCAUGGAAACCACACCCACCAUCCGCCCCAGCCCCAUCCACGCCACAGAAACAGUUGCCACAAGUCGGACAUUCAUCAACGAAGCAACCACAUCAUUUUCUGCACAGCAGAACAAGGACAAUAUUGUCAAUGCCAAAAAGAUGGUGAAUGGGAAGCCAAUUUCUAAUCUAAGCCAAACAAAAUGGACCCACUGGUUAUAGGAAUGAUUACAGUUUUCUUCAUAAUAAUCGGAAUCGUUUCACUUCUUGGGUAUCUGAAGUAUCGGCAGCGAAUCAACCAACCGGAAUUUAGGCGCCUUCAUGAGCUUCCAAUGGAUGACAUGAUGGAAGAAGACACACCAUUGUCUCUCUACAGCUACUAACGAUCUCCUGCUGUCAAAAAAAAGAAGUCCCAUCAACAUUACAACUAUUGUGUUUUGAAGUAUUGUUGGCUGGGAUGUUGAGGACUUUUCCAGAUUCUUAGUGUGAGCCAAACUUGCAUUUAAAUGUAUCUUUUUGUUUUUUUUUAAAUUUGUGACUCAGCUGGGGUUGAACAUUGGUCAAAAUUGGUAUAAUCCUCUCCCCAAAAAAUUCCUUCUAUGUCCAGAGAGCUUUUAACAGUAUCCUAUUUAUUCAAACAAACUUGAAGCAACUGGCAACUUUUUAGCUAUUAGUAGACCAAAAAUAUUGACAAUCUUUCUCUCUGCACCAAAUACAUCUUGUAGAAGAAGUUAUAAAUAUUCAAACAUAAGCCAAAGGAGAUAGUAUAUAGGGUUCCUGUUGACAGGUAUUACUGUUAGUUUCAGAUAUCCUGAAUGUAUACUAUGAUUUCUUGGAUCAAUAUCAAUCAGUUUCAGGAUCCAGUUAUGGAAUUAGUACCUUAAAUGGAUUGUUUUGAGUUCCCAUUGUACCAAAUUCUUUUUGCAUCCCCUACUUGGGGAUGAGAAAUUUCUGAAUUUAGCAUAAUUUCAGCCUUUCAGUUAUUAAAUUUUGAGCUUGCAUAUGGGUAUCUGACUUCCUGGUCUGUCGUUCUCGCCGUGAAUCACAGCAGGCAGUACGUGGACUACAACUGGACCAUGAGAUGGCUCCAUGCGGCCCACAGGUUGGUUCGGUUUGCUUCUAUUCCAUGAUUGGUGUCCCUGUUGUAGGCUUACUAGUAGUUUGUGGGAAUUUCUAGGACAGUCCCAAUUUUAAAAAAAAAUUAAAGUGGACCACAGUGUGAGCCUGUAGUGUGUGUGAGGAACGUUAUUGGAGGCUUUCCUUGCUGACCAAACAUGGAACACAACUCCCCUCUCUGUCCGCUCCAUAAUCCAGUGACCCAAGUGUGUACUAUUGAACGCAGAUCUCACUGUUAUAACAGGGUACAGUACUGGUGGGGACAGGUCUGUUACUGUGCAACAUUAUGGUAGAAUGGUGGGGAUGGGUUUAUUGUAUAACAGGGUACAGUAUUGGUGGGGAUGGUGUAGUUACAGUAUAACCUGGUAUAGUAUUGGGGUACAAUACUGGGAAUGGGCCAAACUAUAACAUCAGGGUUCAGUACAGAUGGGCAAGUGUGUUACUGUAUAACAGUACAGUGGUGGGGACAGCUUUUACUGUAUAACAUGGUACAGUACUGAUGGGUGCAGGUUUAAUUGUAUAACAGAAUACAAUACUGGUGAGCACGGGUCCGUUACUGCAUAACAUCAGGCUACAGUACUGGUAGGGAUGGGUCUGUUGCUGUUUAACAUUAGGGUAGAGUACUGAUGUGGACAGUUUCCUCCCUGGCACUAACUGCAGUUUCAAAGAGCUCUCUGAAAUAGCUGGUCCUAACACAAUGGGAUGCAAAUUUUCUUGAAUUUUCAUCACUGUGUUGGCCUCGCUCCUGGAUUUUCUUCUCGUUGGAGAUGGCAAGCACAGUAACUUGAAGUUCAGUGGUCAUUGAGGGUGGAAAGGAAGAAAAUGUGUCUGCUUUCUGACUCGUGGAGUAGAAAUGCCUGCCUUCUGAUGAAGGCGUGAACAGCUUACUUUUAUGUUAAGAAAAUAUUUUUGAGUGACUUGGACAAAGUAAAUUUGUUUCUCCUGAGUGGCCGUGAGAAGUGGUUUGGAUAGUAAACCUUGCCCCUCCUGCAAAAGUCGAACACCACUGCAUUUCAGUCUCCUUCCUAGGGUGGGCCAGUGGUCGCGUUCCCAGCUGGAGCCUUGGGUCCAGUGGUCACUUGAUCGGCUCAAGCCCCAGAACAGGACAGAGGGUGGAGAUGUUCUCUCUCUCCCAUCUGUUAUUUUGCAUGAUUUUUGUAUUCCUCAAAAUUCUCAGACAUUCUCAUCCACUCUCAUCAGUCUCAACAUUGGUUCAUCAUUGAAGAUGUUAAUUUUAUGAGCAGAUUAUCAUCAUUGUAUUGUGAAAAAUUCUGGAAGGAUUUUGGAGAGAUCUGAUUUUUGUUUUUGACCCCUGGAAUUUUAAUAAUAUUAUCACAUGCAGGCUUUGCACCAGAAUUCAUUAAGUCACACUAUUGUUAAUAGCAACUGUAGUGUAGAAAUGGGACCAAAGGUAUAAAUUGUAUCGAACAGCCAAUGUUCCCCUCACUGCUGUGGCUUAAACCUUUUAGAUUGUGCUUACGUCAUUGUCCAGAUUCAGCAAAGUAAACAAUUUAACUAUACUUAAUUGUAUCCAGCUCCAAACAUUCUUCUUCUUUUGUGUUACUGCUAAAGAUAUAUUGUAAGGAACAUUCUCUUAGAAACUCUACGCACACUUUUGGUUUAGUGAUGACAUUUAAUGCUGCAAUUCUGAAUGAACAGUUUCUGUGGUACAAUUUCCACGCAAAAUCUUUGUAAGAAAAGUGAUUCGAAAGCUCAUUCUAAAUUGUGUCAAUUUUGUUUGGCUCGGAUGCCUCGAAUCGUAAUUGAUUUUCUAAACUCAGUAUUUUUCUCGUGGGGUCUUUUUGGGUGGGGAGAGGGGGAACCAAGAGAUCAUUCUGUUUUAAUUUAAAACUGGCCAGUGUACAUUGAAUUUUUCAGGUUCUUUUGAAUUAGCCUUAUUUGUGAUACUUUUCCUUCUCAAAUCUGGGUAUGAGUAUUCCUGUUUACACCCUUAUAAAUACUCAAUUUCAGUUUAGAUUUUUGUUACCCUUACACAGAUCAAUUGAAAUUGAACUUUAAGUUUUUGUGUACUGACUACAAAAUUAAUUUCAGACUUUCUUUUACUAAUAUAUGGAGGAUUAACUUUAAGGCUGUGAUGGUAAUAGCUUUUGUAGGUGUAACAUUUACACAGAUUUUAAAUACUAACGGAUGCCACUUUUCCUUUGGUAAAUUCGGUUGUGAAUUUUGCAUUAAAACAGUCACACAAAGGAUUUCACACUGUUCGUACAUGUAGAAGUGCUAAGAGUUGUCAUGGUGAUGGAUCAAGUGUCGAGGACUUCUUGUCCCUGCAUUUUUAGAAUGUUUUAAAGUUUGAAUUCUUCACUG